AUGAAUAUUAGAACAAGAAAAAGUAAUCAUAGAGCAGUUGUUGCUGUUCAUAAAGCAUUAAACGAAAAGCAUCAACCAUUCGAAUAUUUUAUACCAUUAUUAAAAGAAAAGAAAGCUAGUAUUAUUACAAAUGCAGUCUAUAAUUUAAAUACAAUUUUAACACUCCAGGGUAACAGAGGUGAAGAAAUUCCAUUAGAAUUAGUAGAGGCUUUAUGCUCAUUAUUUUCAUCACAUCAAGGAAGAUUAGAGAAACCAAUCGAAAUUGGUAAAUGCAUUUCAUUAUGUUGUUUAAAUAGUGGCGAAAAUAUGGAAAUGUAUCGUAUUAUUAAAGGCAGUUUAACUUCAAUAAUAUCAGAUGGUGAACAACAUGUUAAAGAUAACGAAUUAAUUGGUUGCAUAGUCGCUCUUUCAAACGCCUGUUUCUAUUCCUGCUCAGAUAGAGACUCAUACAAACAUACAAUCGAAAUUUUCCAAGACCUUUUAUACACCCAAAAAAGAAAAAAUAUUUUAGAUAAAAUUUUAAAUGCAUGGUUAUUACUCUUAACUAAAAUAAAUCCAAAAGAAAUGGAAGAUUAUAAAUUAGUAUUAAGCAGAUUAAUCGAAUUUUCAAAAUCAUCAUCACAAAACCUUAGAGUUACAUCAUCAAUUGCCAUUGCACUUAUUGUUGAUGACGUUAAAGAAAAGGUUUUAGAUGAUUUCGAAAGUGAAAUAGACUCAAGUCGUGCUGAUGAUGACGAAGAUUACAGCUAUGAGUAUGAAGAAGAGGACGAAGACGAAUAUGAAGACGAAGAUGAAGACUAUCGUGAAGAAGAAGAAGAAAUCCAAAGAGAAUAUAGAUCUGGUAAAGGUAAAACAUAUAAUAUUGAAAAUCUCAGUUUAGAGGGCGGCAAUGCAUCCCAUAGUGGCGAAGAUUAUGAAGAUAGUGACGAAUACGAUGAAGACGGUUAUAGUAACAGUGCAGUCUCUGAAGAAGAUCAAAUCAAUCAAAUUAUUAUUGACGAUGAUCAUAUGAUCCAAGUUAUUGAAAAUACCCUCAGAAUGAACGAAGAAAAGGGUAAAAAGAAAAUUCAAUCCAAAUCAUUACUUCGUCAAGUUUUAACCAACUUAAAAGAUGGUGAACCCCCAAAAGAAACCAUCGUAAUUUCUGGUUUACCUUUCCAUUUCACUGGUUGGAGAAAGUAUAUUCAAUUAGAUGCUCUUCGUAAACUUGUUGGUCCAGGUAUGAGCUCACAAUGGGAAAUUAAUGAAAAUUUACAAGAAUUAUUUGAUUUUGAAAUACCAAGAGGCCAAGAACUUAACGAUUUACUUAGAGUCCAAAAAAGAAAUCAACAAAAAUCAAAAAAGAAAGAUUUUGACAGAGAUUCCAAAAAUAGUGCAUUAUUUUACAAUAAUGCCGCUAAUUAAAUAAAAAAAUAUACACUAAAAUAAUAACGAU